AUGUCAUCCACUUUACAGACCCUGCUGUCGCCGACUUCCCAGAUCCUCCCCAACACCGCGGCAGUCAUUGGCAUCUUUCCGUCCGUUAUGGGCGUCGCAUGCCUCAUCAAUCCUCGCUUCGGCUUCAGCGUCUUCGACCAACGCCCUGUGUCCAAUCCUGAGUCUCAGAAGCUUGUGGAUAACCUCAUGCGGCUCUUCGGCGCACGGGACGUUUAUCUCGGUUUGACGAAUCUGAUCGCUUGGCAACUAAACGACAGAGUGAUGCUAGGGUAUUGCACGCUUUUGGGCACCGGUGUCGUGAUUGUGGAUGGUCUGGUGCAGAAGUGGCAGACGGGAGAAGGGGAGUGGAGGCACUGGGGGUUUGUUCCUGUCACUGCGCUUUUGGGUGCCGGACUCGCUGGAUGGUUGGACGGUAUGGUCUGA